UAGCCAUGAAGUAUAUUUCAAAAGAGAGGCUCCACUGGCUUCUAGAAAGUACUCAGACCUGGUGUUGUGUCACUCUCUGUUAGGCCUGAAUCACAUCAUGGAAUUUUGGAUUUAUUUUCCCCUUCCUUUAGUACUAUAGAUGGGGACACCAAUGCUCAAAGAAGUGAGGUGACUUGCCCAGGGUCACCUCGUGAAGAGCGGCACUAGAUCCUAAGUGUCUGGAUUUCCCUUUGCUCUGAGUCCAUCAUGACCAGAUUUACCCUGGGUCCCCCCAAAAAUGACAGGUGACCCCUCCCAGGCUUGUCCAGCAACCCUAGAAUCAUUAUACGCAAGAGAGAAUACCAGGUUUUAGAAUCAAAUGCCCCAUUUGCACACUAGGCUUCAAACACAUGCAACUCAUUAGCUCGCAUGAGAAAACUAAUCCAGGAUGGGUUAAGUUUCUUGAAGCUGGACCCAUACUGACCAUGAAAUGUUGGUUAAGGCUCCUUCCUUCCUAGGAGCCAGGGUUCUGCCUGGGGGUUGCAGUGAUCCCUGAGUCCCCAUACCGAAGAGCAGGGUAAUGUGGUGGGGGAAGUGUUGUGCCAGGGCUGAGCUGGUUCUAACUGUGACCCAGAGAAAGGCCAAAGCUGCGAGUUGAACCAGGAAGGCUUCUCGGAGGAGGAGGCGGGGCCAGCUUGGUAGAACAAAGGAAGGAGUGAAUUUUCUUGGAGGUGGUAAGAGAUUGAGCCGAGGCUCAGAUAAGGCUGGAAACAUCCCUCCCCUCUAGCCCCCUACCCAGGGCCACCUCUCUGGUCCUUGUCCUUCCCUGCAGGGUCCAGGGGCGCUCCGGGAGGUGACAGUGCCCGGCCCUCGAGGCGGAGCCAGCUGUGGGGUGCGCGGCCGGUCUGGAGCUCCCUCCCAGGGUGGGGAGCGGGGGUGAGCAGGCCCCGCGGGGGGCUCCAGCAGCCCUUACAAGGAGUGUUGCGGCUCUCCGGGCGGCCCCGCCCGCCGGCCUCCGCCGGCUCCUCCUCCUGGCCGGGCUGGGCCGGGCCGCGGGAACGCAGCCCGCUUGGCGCUCGACGGGCGAGGACAUCGACGGGGCCGAGCCCGCGAGCGCGAGGGGAUCCCGCGAUUCGUUCUGCUGGGCCCCGACGGGCGGGCACGCUGCUCGGGGCUCUCCUACUGACUACCCGUGUCCCUCUUAGUAGCCUCACCAUGUCCUCCGUGUUUGGGAAGCCGCGCGCGGGCAGCGGGUCGCAGAGCGCGCCACUUGAGGUCAAUCUGGCCAUUCUGGGACGUCGAGGGGCCGGCAAGUCCGCUCUGACUGUGAAGUUUCUGACCAGGAGGUUUAUCAGCGAAUAUGACCCCAACUUGGAGGACACCUACAGCUCCGAGGAGACAGUAGCCCAGCCUGUCCACCUGAGGGUCAUGGAUACUGCAGACCCGGACACCCCCAGAAACUGUGAGCGCUACCUGAACUGGGCCCACGCCUUCCUGGUGGUGUACAGCAUGGACAGCCGCCAGAGUUUUGAGGACAGCAGCAGCUACCUGGAGCUGCUUGCUCUGCACGCCAAGGAGACACAACGCAGCUCCCCAGCCCUGCUGCUGGGCAACAAGCUGGACAUGGCCCAGUAUAGGCAGGUCACCAAGGCAGAGGGCGCAGCCUUGGCAGGCAAGUUCGGGUGCCUGUUUUUCGAGGUCUCAGCCUGUCUGGACUUUGAGCACGUGCAGCAUGUCUUCCACGAGGCCGUGCGGGAGGCACGGCGGGAGCUGGAGAAGCAUUCCCUGGCCCGGCCCCUUUUCAUCUCUGAGGAGAGGGCCCUGCCCCACCAGGCCCCACUCACCGCCCGGCAUGGCCUGGCCAGCUGUACCUUCAACACGCUUUCUACCGUCAGUCUGAAGGAGAUGCCUGCUGUGGCCCAGGCCAAGCUGGUCACUGUGAAGUCAUCCCGAGCCCAGAGCAAGCGCAAGGCGCCCACCCUGACCCUGUUGAAGGGCUUCAAGAUCUUCUGAGGGCACCCGUCAGGAUCCCAGGCUCAGCAGCUGGGCGAGGCUGCAUGACAGGGGCUGGCUUCUCACCACCGCCUCUCCCUCUGUCUGAAGAAUAGUCCUUGCCCUCUGGUGGACAGCUGACCCCUCUUCCAGCACCAAGUAAUGUCCCGGACACCCAGUUCACUGUGUGAGCUGGAGGGACAGGCAGGAAUGCUGCUCUUCCUUGCUCCAGGCUUUGGUUUCCAUGGUAACCGCUGCAUUUCCUGACCCCGAAGGGAAAUAGCCCCUGAGACCUGGGGUCAGCCUGAAGUGGAAGGAAAUUACAGUGUCCAUCAUGGUGCCAUCACCCCUUCCUGCUCCAGCUGCAGCCAGAUGUGGCCUCUAGUGUGCAGUUCUGGGAUGGUCCGUCAGCGUGCCCGAGAACAGGCCGCAGGAGGAGCAGCCCUGAGAUCCUAGCACCACCUGGUGGACAGGAAGGGCAAAGCGGCUACAGGUUGGUGGGGGUGUGGCUUGAGCCCGGCCCUCCUGUGGUUCUCUGACUUCACAGAAGCCCCAGGCAACAAACCUCAUGGUUUAUCCAAGUAGGGUCUAGUUCAAAUAAUCCUAUGCGACAGGCUAUGGAACCAAAAUUCCCAGGAAGGGCUACUUCCAGUACUUUGCCUUUCAGUGAGGACUGGGGGCUCUGGGGUAGGGAGCUUCCACUGUGUUUUUCCCCAGAGACAGGGCCCCCUUAUUUUCCCAGCGUAAGUGAAGGACUCUCUCCACAGACCUUCAGGACCAGCCUCCUGAAGUCUAAUGAUCAGAGCUGCAGAACAAAGUCAUUCUAGUGACCGGCACCCAGGACUCCCGGGAGCCUACAACUGGGGUUAUCAGACCCCCAGUUGGCACUGUCAGCCUGCCCCAGGCUUGUAGGUAGAAACACGGUACACCAUCUGUAGUCUGGUCUAGCAGGACCCAGUAGCAGGACACUUCAACAGGGGGUCUGAAUGUUCAAAGUCCACUUUUGAAAGAUAGAAGCUAAGGCAUUUGGGGUUCUACAGAAGGGGGUUUUGCAUACAUUAUUUGGGGUCACUGCCACAGCUGAUAGAAAAACACUGUGGCUCAGACACUCUCUUGGGAUCCCAUUGUUAGUACAGGAUCUAUAGUUUUCUAACUCUAUUUACCUUGGGGCCCCUGGCCCCAAGGAAAUCUCUCCUGGACCCAGGAGAUAAGCAGGUAAACGGGAGGGCUCUGCUAGGAGGAAAGGAUGGGAAGGGGAUUCUAAGCUCGGAACCCUGCUCUUGGCAAUUCUAGGACCUUGGAUUAAGAACAACAACUCUAACCCAGACUUUAGCCCCAUUCUGUGGAUGGAGAAGCUGAGGUCAGAGGGAGGCUGUGAACUCCUCAAGACCACAUGAGGAGUCCUAGCCAGGUUUCCAGACCCACAGGCCGGCUAUGGAUUUCACACUCUCGCUCCAAGCCGCUUGUGUUGGAACACCACUGUUUGAACAAACUAUGCAAUUCCAAAUGCCCACUUCCAGAAGCAUUUUAAUAAAAAGCGGGU